ACUUUAAGCUUAAUCAACAAUGGAAACUACCGCAAACAACGAUGCCGCUGUCUUCAAGCUCCGUCAAAUACCUUCUCCAAUCACACACUUAUCAUUCAUGGCUUCUCAAAUCUGGCUCCGAAUCGUCGCCGCUGCAACCUCCAUUGCCGCCGCUUGUUUGAUGUUCAAUAGCCGACAGUCCAAGCUCCUUUUCGGAACGAAUCUCGACGCACGUUACACCUACUCUCCCGGUUUCAAGUUUUUUGCGUUGAUGAAUGUCGUUGCUUGCGCCUUCUCCGUCUUGUCGUUGCUGCCGGUUUUCUCACUUGGCCGGAAAUUCUCCAACUCCGUCAACUAUUUCUUCUUGUUCCUCCAUGAUCUGAUCUUGACGACGUUGUUGGUGGCUGGAUGUGGAGCCGCAACUGCUGUUGCUCAAGUGGGCAAGUAUGGGAACACCCACGCGGGUUGGAUGCCGAUUUGUGACAACUUUGGGAAGUUUUGCCACAAAGUUUCGGCUUCUUUGAUCUUGGGCUAUUUAGCGAUGCUUUGUUAUCUUCUUCUUACUGUCAUCUCUGCAAAUAAAGCAAGACAAGUAUCGGUAUGAAGGAACAAGAAAAUUGGAAACAAGAUUGCGGCAUGUAUGACAUGUGAUGGAAUUACUAAAAUGUCCCUUGUGGAGAUGGGGUACUACUUCUAGUACUAGCUAGCUUUUAUAUGACUUUGUAAGUUUAGUAAGUUAGGAUGUUUUUAAAUUAAUCUGAACAACUGUUCUGUUUUUAUCUGUUUGCAAUCCUUAGGUCAUUUCUCUCAAAAGACGAGAUAUAUUUCUUCGUUGCCUGUUGCUUUGUAUCUAAUAGAUACUA